UGGAAAUGCCCACUGAAUUGGAUAUAAUCUUUCUGAUACUGUCAAUAGCAGGAUUCAUAAUUGGAAUGCUUGGGAAUGUGUUCAUUGGACUGGUAAACUGCUCUGAAUGGGUCAAGAACCAAGACUUCUCUUUAGCUGACUUCAUCUUCACCGGCUUGACUAUCUCCAGAAUCAGUCAGUUGUUCAUGUCAUUGUUUGAAUCCCUUGAGAUGGUGUCACCUCUACAUUUACAUCUCACUUAUAAACUAUCAAAAAUUAUUACUUUGUUUUGGAGAAUAACUAAUCACUUUGCUACCUGGCUUGCUACCUGCCUAAGCAUUUUUUACCUUCUUAAGAUAGCUCACUUCUCCCACUCCCUUUUCCUCUGGCUGAAGUUGAGAAUGAACAGAGUGCUUCUCACGAUUCUUGUAUUUUCUUUGUUCUUUCUGAUUUUAGACUUUCUAUUGCUAGAAACAUUUAAUGAUUUCUUCUUAAAAGUCUAUAUGAUAGAUAAGAAUAAUAUGACUACGUAUAUAGAGGAAAGUAAAGCUGUCUUUGUUAAAACCCUGGCUCUUCUUAGUUUAACCUGUUUGUUCCCUAUUGUUUUGUCCCUGAUCUCACUGCUCCUUUUAUUUCUGUCCUUGGGAAGACACAUCAGAAAUUUGCAGCUCAACUCCAUGGGCUCAAGGGACUCCAGCACAGAGGCCCAUAAAAGGGCCAUAAACAGGGUGCUGUCUUUCCUCUUUCUCUUCCUAGUUCAUUUGUUUUCCACACAACUGGCAAAUUGGGUAUUUGUUAUGCUUUGGAACAACAAGUUUACAAAGUUUGUCUUGUUAGCAGUAUAUGUCUUUCCCUCAGGACACCCAAUUAUCUUGAUCCUGGGAAACAGCAAGCUAAGACAGAAAGCUUUGAAGGUUCUCUGGCAUCUGAAAAGCUCCCUGAAAAGAGAAAAUCUGUUACAGCUUUACAGAUAG